UUUCGAAAAAAAAACUCAAAUAAAACACCUAAAAUAAAAGAUUGUUUCGAACAAGAAGGAACGUUGUUACAGGGGCUGAUAGAAACGAAACCCAGUCCACAUCGCUGCAGCCCCGCGUCUCUAUAUUGUUUUACCCUAGGCCCAAGAGCACAUCCACGCGCCGCCUCUGACCCGACAGCUCCGUCUACCCUCUCUUUUCCGGAUGGCUGACUAUGCCGCUGCGGCUGGAAAAAACGCCGAGAACAUCAGCGAAGGAACAGUUAGGAAAGCGGUAAACGCUCUUCUAAAAUGGAGGAAACUCCAGUCCAAAACCACUUCGCAAGUAGUUGGAGAAGAAGAAGAAGACAUCGACGACGGCGGCUUCAUCUACAUCGUCGUGACUCUGAUGAAAACCCCACCCAAAAACCUCUCGCCCGCGUCAGAUCCUAUCAGAGUCCCGCUCCCUCACCGCCUCAUACCCUUCUCCAACAUCUGCCUCAUCGUCGGCGACAAGCCCACUCAGGUCCUCAAUUCCCGGACCACGCUCUCCUCCGAUGCCGCGCAGAAGAAGAUUAAAUCCCUAGGCGCCCCGAUUACCAGAGUCCUCAAGCUCUCCAAGCUCAAAUCCGAUUACAAAUCCUUCGACGCCAAGCGGAAACUGCUAGAAUCGUACGACUUGUUUCUGGCGGAUAAGAGGGUGGUGCAUUUCCUUCCGGCCGUACUGGGGAAGCAAUUUUACAGGAACAAGAGGAGAGUGCCGGUGCCGGUGGAGUUAAAGGGCAACCGGAACUGGAAGGAGGAAAUCGACGUGGCUUGCCGCUCGUGUCUACUGUGUUUCGGGACGGGGACUUGCAGUGUGGUGAAGGUGGGGAGAGAAGCGAUGGAGAGCGGAGAAAUAGUGGAGAAUGUGAUGGCGGCCAUAGAUGGGAUCGUUGAGGUGGUUCCAAAGAAGUGGGGUGGGAUCAGGGCGCUGCACUUGAAGCUAUUGGAUUCUGUGGCGCUGCCCAUUUACGAUCCCAUUCCUGAGUCCUGAUUGACUUGUUCAAAUGCAUACCCAUCAGGCCAUCAAUACAUUGUCUCUCUUCUUCUUCUUCCUCUGCAUAUCCAUUGAUUGUGCAUUAGGAAUUAUAUUCUUGCUGCAAUUUGUGUAAGCACAUCAGUGUACUACCAUCUUAAGCUGCAUCAGAUUUUCUUUGUAGCCUCAUUCCAAUGGAAUAGUGAUUUUGAUUUCAAUAGCUCACCUUGAUGUCCAUUUGCGUUUAUUGAUGUAGUAGUGAUUCUUUAUUAUGAUAUCCUGUUUGCUCUCACACAGACAGAGACGCAUACAUAGUAAUUGCAUAAACAAGUUAAGUUAUAACAUGAUUAUAUUAAUUUGAAAUUGUAACAUUGACAUUUAUGCAGCUACUAUUAGCAUUGUUUC